ACUGCGCACGCGCCGACGUCAACAUCACUACACCUCCACUGUAUCUCGUCCGGCGUCUGAAUUCGGAUGAAUAGACCGACAAGGUCGCCGUUUGGGUGUCGGGAAUGUAACUCAACUUUCUGCCUCGAAUCGACGAGCAACGGAACACAGGUUCACAGGACAGACUUGCCAAUAGUGUCGACACCCGUAUCUUGCUGUAUACUGUGCGCAACGCCCUCCACGCUGCCUCAAUCGCCGUCUCCGUCAUAUCAAGUUUAUCUCAUCAUUUUCUGUUCCGUCCUCGCUCUUCUUCUCUUGCUCUUGAUUGUCUGCCUUGUCUACGCGCGCACGCGUCGAUCUCACGAUGCGCAGUCUCCCGAGGAGUCGACAUCUCAGGGUUUCAAGCGACGACGCAUUGCGGCUUGGGUUGAUGACGCAGGGCGGCAGGUGUUUGACCCAUUGGCGAAUUCAUCGACGGAAGAGAAACGACAAGAUGUUCUGGACUCCAAGGCGGCGACGGAUGCGGGAGGCGAGGUCGGUACGUUGAUGGAGGAGAUGCCACGACGGCCGGUUUUGCCACCAGCUUGGGUGCAGUAUGUGAAAGGGGAAGGAAUUCAGAUGUCAGUGGGAGAUAAUGACGAGAGGGAGGAGACCAAGAAAGUUAAUGACGUCAUACUAAGCAGCGAACAGACAGGGUCACAUGUUAGUUUGUCGGAUCAGUUUGGUAAAAUGACAACAAGCUCGGAGAGAAGUAGGAGCAUUACAGAAUCAAAGAGUGAGUCCAGAUAAGUCGGAACGUGACACACAGAGAGACGAUGGUUACUAGAGAUUUGGGUUGUAGCUACUUGUAAUAUGAUCAACAUCGAUCUACAAUAUUAACGUUUAUGUAUGCCAUAGUGCUAUAGAGUAGAUGAUUUAUUGAUAUUAAUAAUGUAUAAGACAUUGGGACAGUAAUACAAUCAGAGUAUAAA